AGACAAAUUCUUCCCCACCGGAGGUGCUUUACUCUCGCCGCAAAAAAAAACACAACGCUGAGCGAAAAUGGAUUGCUCAAGAUUCGACCGAAGAUUCCUAUUGUCACCACUAAUAGCAUCUCUUCCACCGGACACAAUUUCGAUUAUUUCCGGCCCAACCCAGGUUGAUAAUGGCCUCUACCUUGAUACCCUGUCUAGGAUUGCAGUUAAUCCCAAAUUCACUUCGUUAAUCCUUACCUGCUAUGAACCGAUAUUUGCCGACCUUGCAGCGAGAUGGAAGGGGUUUGCUACAGUGGAACAGCUUGCCGCGGGGUUUGCAAGAGUACUCCCCGUAAUGCCAUUCCUGGCAGACCUUGCCGAGGAAUUUCUACUAUGCUCUGGCCUGGGUGAAACUUCCCCUGAGUUUCUCACCAUGGUGGAGCGUUUGUCCGGCGAAUCGUGCUCAGAGGAGCUACCAACAGCGGAUCAUGGCGAAAAGUUGCUUGGUAUGUUGUUGUCGCUUUAUCGUUUGCUGUGUUUCAAGAGGGAGGCGUUCUUGGGACUCGUUAAUGCCAAUGUUUUGUUUGGGCUUGUGAGGCACAAAUACCUUCCAAUCCGGUACCUCUCGAUUAGGAUAUUGUCGAUAUAUUUGAAGGCUACAGAUCGUGCGCAGGAGUUAAUGUUUGUCGGUUUCGGGGUUGGAGGUACUACGAAGGAGAAGGUUCUUGGGCUUUGGGAGGGUAGGGAGGUAGACUACGGGUUUUUGACGUAAGGGGCGCUCUCUCAUAACUGGUUCAGAGCAUUCUAUUGAUAUUUACCAUCCUAGGUUGCUGGAGGGCGAGAGGCUGGAGACAUUAUCGGGGGAUUUAGAGACCGCAAGACUUGUAAACGGCCAACAAGAAAUGAGCAUAGGGCAUUCCCGGAUGGUUCGUUCUAGCGACCUAUCACCAUUGACGGCCGAUCUUUGUGGGGUCUUGAUCCCUAGACUUCGAGGUAUGGUGCAAUAUCUUAUUGGUGGGGUAUCCAGUUCUCUGACAAUUAUUCUAGGAACUCCCUCGCGACCUUCGAGUAUCGUCGAUACGCUCACUACCCGGAACAACAUUAGUUCAAUUGCCCGAGCACUCCGUUCUCCACGACCUGUACUUAUCACUGGGCAAUCUGGCUCAGGGAAAACAUAUCUUGUUCACCAAAUCGCACAAGCUCUAAAUAAUAUGGAUAACAUGAUUUCGAUACACCUCGGGGACCAGACAGACGCGAAACUCUUGAUUGGGGCCUAUGCCACCGCCGAUGCCCCAGGAAGCUUUGAGUGGAGGGCGGGGGUUUUGACAACUGCCGUGAGGGAGGGCAGAUGGGUUGUUGUAGAAGAUAUUGACCAAGCACCAAAAGACGUUUUGAGUGUAUUACUCCCAUUGAUGGAACGAGGUGAACUCGUGAUCCCAUCAAGAGGGGAGAAGAUCACAGCGGCUCGCGGUUUCAAGUUAAUUGCUACUAUCAGAACUGCACCGUCAAUAAAAUCAGAUAUGGUGGUUAUGAACAGUCUUGGAAGUCGGCUUUGGGAGAGAGUAAAUGUGGAGAUGCCUUCUGGGGAAGAAUUGAAUGCAAUAAUAGAUUCCCGAUUUCCACUGUUGGCCGGAAUUUCACCAACUUUGAUAGAUGUCUAUCACGCGAUCCAGAAAACGUACACAGAACCAUCAUUUUUUGCCAUCAGUAAGACAAAUCUUGGGAGGUUGUUGUCUCCUCGCGAUUUGAUGAAAUGGUGCAAGAGAAUCCACGCUCUUUACACCUCCGCCGGCGUUGUCACGAGCCAUGAGCCACUAUCGGAUGGAGUGUUCGAUGAGAUAUUCUUGGAGGCAGUUGAUUGUUUUGCCGGAAGCUUGCAAACUAAGGAGGCCCGAACUCUGAUUGUCAAAAGAGUUGCGAGUAGCAUGCAUAUACCUUCACAACGUAUUGAUCUAUUUCUUGAAGGAGGUCAUAUCCCCAGAUACACCGACUCCGAACGAACUUUAAUAGUUGGGAGAGCAAAGCUCAAGAAACGGAAAAAGGAGCCGGCUGGCCUGAAUCGACGGAGGGGAUAUGCUCAGACAAGGCCAUUUGCGACUACAAAUCAUGCAGCACGACUAUUAGAGCAAAUUGGUGUAGCGAUUAGGCUCGCAGAGCCUGUGUUAUUAGUGGGAGAAACCGGUACUGGAAAGACAACCGUUGUACAGCAAUUGGCGGAUAUGACGCGGUUCAAUCUUACGGUCAUAAACUUAUCUCAACAGACUGAGAGUGGCGACCUUCUUGGUGGGUUCAAGCCCGUCGAUAUGAAAACAUUGGCUGUGCCGCUCAAGGAGAGAUUCGAUGAUUUGUUUGAGAAAACCUUUUCCUUGAAGAGGAAUAAGCGUUUUCUGGAUGCCAUGAAUAAAUUUUGGUCGAGGCAGCAAUGGAAUCGAGUUAUCACGUUGUGGGGUGAAGCUGUGAAAAUGGCCAACCAGUUCUUUGCUACUCCUACAGCAACAGAAUCUGAAGAUAGGCCCACAAAGAAGAGAAAGCUAGGUGACGUGGAUAGACGGGUUCUUCAGGCGGAGUGGACUAAUUUUGCAAACGAUUUUUCAAAGCUUGAGAAACACAAUUCGCAAUUAGCCAAAAGGUCUGCCUUUUCCUUUGUGGAGGGGAGCUUGGUGAGGGCCGCUAGAAAUGGGGACUGGGUACUUUUGGACGAGAUAAAUCUGGCAGCUGCAGAUACUCUAGAGAGCAUCGCCGAUCUGCUCAAAGACGGCGGAGGCGGCUCUAUACUUCUAAGUGAGAAGGGUGAUGUGGAGAGAGUAGAAGCACACCCGGAUUUCAGACUAUUGGCAUGUAUGAAUCCGGCCACAGAUGUGGGAAAGCGGGAUUUACCGCCUGGAUUGAGAAGCAGAUUCACCGAGCUAUACGUCGCCAGUCCAGAUCAAGAACUGAGCAAUCUUCUCGCUAUUAUUAGAGAGUAUCUCGGAAAUCUGGUGGUUGGGGAUGACGCAGCGGUCACUGAUAUCGCGAAUGUUUAUAUGGAAACUAAGCGCUUGUCGGACGAACAGCGGCUGGUUGAUGGUGCGAACCAUCGCCCACACUACAGUAUACGGACUUUGACAAGGACUUUGAGUUAUGUUUUCGAGAUUGCUCCGGUAUAUGGCUUGAGGAGGAGUUUGUAUGAAGGGUUCUGCAUGAGCUUCUUGACGCUGCUUGACCGGCCAUCGGAGAGCGUACUGUUGCCGGUUAUUGAAAAACAUAUUCUAGGCAGGCACAAGAACGUACGAAGUCUGAUUUCCCAGAUUCCUCGACGCCCUGGGCUAGACUAUGUUCUGUUCGAACAUUAUUGGAUGCGCAAGGGAGCAUAUCCGAUUGAGGAGCAGCCGCAUUAUAUUAUACCCCCAUCCGUUCAACGGAACAUGCUGAACCUGGUUCGAGCUACUACAACAAAACAGUUUCCCGUACUUAUCCAAGGACCGACGAGCAGUGGGAAAACAAGUAUGAUUGAAUAUCUUGCGAAAAAGACAGGGCAGAAGUUUGUACGAAUAAAUAACCACGAACAUACCGAUCUUCAAGAAUAUCUUGGGAGCUAUAUUUCAGAUGACGAUGGGCAACUACGAUUCCAAGAGGGUAUACUUGUCGGAGCUUUGAGAGAGGGUCAUUGGAUCGUACUUGACGAACUGAACCUUGCACCUACGGACGUACUCGAGGCCUUGAAUAGGUUGCUGGAUGACAAUAGGGAACUUUUGAUUCCGGAAACACAGGAAGUAGUGAAACCGCAUAAGGACUUUAUGCUCUUCGCAACUCAGAAUCCGCCUGGGCUCUAUGGAGGAAGGAAGGUGCUAUCUAGGGCAUUUCGGAACAGAUUCUUGGAGCUACAUUUCGAUGAUAUCCCAGAAGACGAACUGAGGACUAUUUUGGAGGGGAGAUGCCAGAUACCGCCCAGUCGAUGUAAGGUGAUUGUGGCUGUUUAUAAGGUAAUUCUAGUGGUUAAGAGCGUAGUUUGUUGAACUGUGCUAACCGUCAGAUAGGAACUCUCACUCAUUCGCCAAACAACUAGAUUGUUUGAACAGAAAAACAGUUUCGCUACUCUUAGAGACCUCUUCAGAUGGGCUAGCCGUCAGGUAGGCCGUGAUGACCAAAGUUAUCAAAGUUUGGCCAAUGAUGGGUACAUGCUAUUGGCGGAGAGGGUUCGUGAUGAAAAGGAGAAACUCACAGUGAAGGAAAUUAUUGAGAGGGUCAUACGAGUCAAAAUCAACGAUUCAUCUUUAUAUUCGCCCGAGUCCACCCCGGGGUAUGAUUAUUGUAUGGAUAAAUUCCCUGUAGUGAGCGGCGGCAUUGUCUGGACAAAAGCAAUGCGUCGACUUUACGCACUGGUUACGAACGCUCUCCGUAAUAACGAGCCUGUUCUUCUCGUUGGCGAGACUGGGUGUGGAAAGACAACAGUGUGCCAAAUGCUGGCAGAGGCCCUCAGAAAAUUAUUGUUUGUGGUCAAUGCUCACCAAAAUACCGAAACGGGUGACAUUAUUGGUGCUCAGCGGCCAAUUCGGAAUCGGCAGGCUUACCAGAACCGGCUUGCGGAGGACCUAUUAACAGUUCUUAGAGAACAUUCACCUACUGAGAUUACUGAUAACGACCUGGCCGCACUGCUGACGGCUUAUGAUUCCUUGGAGCAAGACAUCGUCGCGAGAAUACCUGAUAGUGUCCGGGCUCGAAUCCAAACCAAUCGCAAACGGACGAAAGCACUAUUUGAGUGGGCCGACGGAAGUCUUAUCCAAGCUAUGAAAGCUGGUCAGUUCUUUUUACUUGACGAGAUAUCCUUAGCCGAUGAUUCCGUAUUGGAGAGAUUGAAUAGUGUCUUGGAACCUGCACGGGGUAUCCUACUCGCAGAAAAGGGAGCAAAUGAAACAGAAAUUACAGCUGCAGACGGGUUUCAGUUCAUGGCCACAAUGAAUCCUGGCGGUGACUAUGGUAAGAAAGAACUUUCCCCGGCGCUACGAAAUCGGUUCACAGAAAUCUGGGUUCCGUCGAUGUCGGAUGCGGAAGACAUCCUGCAGAUUGUACAGGCCAAAAUUGCGCCGUUUGCGUCAAAGUAUGCCAGAGCUGUGGUAGAGUUUGCACGGCGAUUUUCUAAACCCUCUAACACCUCUUCAUCUCGGGUGAUCUCUAUUCGAGAUGUUUUAGCUUGGGUCAAAUUCAUCAACUCCAGUCCCCCCGAGAAUCCUGCUUUUGGGUUACUUCAUGGGGCAGCACUCGUAUUUAUUGAUGGGAUGGGUGCGAACCCCUCUGGUGGUUUGUCAAUUGCCUCUGAUGGUUUAGAAAAGAAGAAGCGACGGUGUGUAUUUGAAUUGUCACAACUUUGCGGAGAGGAUUUAUCUCAAAUAUACAAUCAGCCGAUUACUGCUAGCGCAGGUGAUGGGGUGCUCCAGCUCGGAGCUUUCUCCCUACAGAGGAAUAAGGAUGCCGCGGUAGACAUUUCUGAAUCAUUCAAUUUGACUGCACCGACAACGGCCAGGAAUGCUAUGCGAGUGGUCAGAGCUAUGCAGUUGCAGAAACCUGUACUACUGGAAGGUAGCCCAGGUGUUGGUAAAACGAGUCUAAUAUCUGCCCUUGCAGAGUCCAGCGGAAAUUUCCUGACAAGAAUCAAUUUGUCAGAGCAAACUGACCUAAUGGACCUUUUCGGUUCCGAUGUUCCUGUUGAGGGUGGUGAAAGCGGGGAGUUUGCCUGGCGAGAUGCUCCGUUCCUUCGGGCGAUGCAGGCCGGGCAUUGGGUGUUGCUCGAUGAAAUGAAUCUAGCGUCACAGUCAGUGCUGGAGGGUCUGAACGCCUGUUUGGAUCAUCGUGGGGAGGCAUACAUCUCAGAGCUCGAUCGCACUUUUAGACGGCAUCCGGACUUUGUAGUUUUUGCAGCCCAGAACCCACACCACCAAGGUGGAGGACGGAAGGGACUUCCAGCGUCUUUUGUCAAUCGGUUCACAGUUGUUUAUGUUGACACUCUUGGAUUUAAAGAUUUACAACUUAUCGCUGGCCGGUUAAAUCCAUCGGUCUACCCCGAAUACGUUUCAAAAGUAAUCGAGUUUAUGGUUCUUCUGGAUCGUGAGGUAUCGCAAAAUAAGAGUUUCGGAAGUCUAGGAGGCCCCUGGGAAUUUAACUUGCGAGAUACUCUACGUUGGCUUGGGCUGUUAUCGUCAUCUACUCCGUUCAUGGCCGCUGGCAAGCCUGAAGAGUUUCUGGGUAUCAUCAAACAUCGAUUUCGGACUGCGAAGGACAGAGAGUGUGUCGACACGCUAUUCGGCCAGGUUUUUGGAACUAAACCUGGUAGAAAACAUCUCUAUUAUCAAAUAUCUAAGGAGCACCUACAAGUUGGUCACGCGUGCCUCAGACGUCGGAGCGAUCUGUGUUUCGUGUCUCCUCAGAAUCUCGCAAUCCUGAAACGGAACUUGCCUAUUAUGGAGACAGUUAUGACCGCGAUUCUGCAGGAAACUCCAUGCAUCUUAGUUGGGCCCUCUGGCGUUGGGAAGAGCAGCCUGUUGAGGCUCUUGGCAAGUAUCGUUGGUGUCGAACUUGAUGAGAUCGCAAUCAAUAGUGAUAUUGACGCUACAGAUGUUGUUGGUGGCUUUGAACAAGUAGACAUCAACAGAAAGGUUUCCAAGGUCUUCACUCAAUUCAAUUACUACUUAAAGAAUUCGGGAGUCAAAUAUCUCUGUGGGGAUGAAUAUCCGGGCCCCCUUCAGAUAGUGCUCGGGCUUUGUGAGCGUAUCAGAUCCUCAAAUACUGGACUUGGAAUUGAUUCACUGCAGAGCCUUGUUACUGAGCUUAGGUUGCUUGAAGGAGAGCACAGAUUUGGAACGCUUUACCCAUUCAUUGACAGCUUCGAGGAAGUGAUUUCCGAAGCCCAUGAAGUCACAAAUGCUAGGUUUGAGUGGGUUGAUGGUAUGCUAAUCGAUGCCAUUGAACAAGGGAGAUGGCUGGUCCUAGAUAAUGCGAACCUGUGCAGUCCAAGUGUGCUAGAUAGGCUGAACUCGCUCCUCGAACCAAAUGGAUGUCUCAUAGUCAACGAGCACAAUGACAAGGAUGGCAGACCAAGGAUAGUGCGACCAAGUCAGGGCUUCCGGCUCUUUCUAACAAUGGAUCCUAACCACGGCGAACUCUCACGGGCUAUGAGGAAUCGUGGGGUAGAGGUUUUCCUGGACCCACUUCCGAUGGAGAAGGGUGCUGAAGAAGAUGAUAGAGAACGGAAGGAGCUUGCUAAAUAUUCCCCUUCGACAGAAUCUUCCAUGGGAAUCUAUCAGAUCAUGAGUAAAUUGCUCGACAAUAAUAUCGAUAAAUUGGUAUUUAGGCAUCUCGUUUAUAUCGCUCUUGACCACACGCCUGCGGAGAGGACGGAGACCGAUAUGGCAUUAUUGCCUAGAUGGAGAGAUCAUAUAGGAUCAUCAUCGACGGAGCUGGGGACACAGCGGAUGGAAAUUCUACUUAAUGCAGUAAAAAUUUACCCGGAUUUGUAUAAAUGGGUCUGGGCUUUUCGGGAAGAUCGUAUAGAAUAUUACGCGAAGCUAUUUACAGCUCGCUAUGAAUUCAUGAAAUCGCAGGUGAGUAAUUAGAGAUGACUGAUCUGGGCAGCAGAGGGUUCGAUCCUGAAGCAAAUAUUGAUUAAUUGUUUGAAUAGCCUAUAAACCUAUCCCGCAAUACGCCUCUGAUGUCCCUUGGAACCAUAGCCUCCGAUAGGGAGGCGGGCCAUUCGCAGAGGAUUCUUGAAUGGACCGUCUGCACACAAUUGUAUGACUGCAUCAGAGGAGUACUUGAAAUUGACCAUCUAGAAGAGCGAAUUAUUCGAAAAGCGACGGCCACAGAAAUAGGUCUAAGAGGCAUGAGUUUUUUGGAGAUAUCGGCACCAAAAAAUAAAAUUCCUGUGUCAAUUUCUAAAGCCAAUCUCGACUUACCUGUAUUUGAGCUCUUGUCGACUGUCCGGGAAGAACUAUACAACUGGGCUGAUACCCGGGCACGCGAUUCUACGUUUCUGAGGAGAAUGUACGAGGACAAGAAAUUGCAGGGCUCGCUUUUGCGUAUUCUGGAGCUUCUGCGGUUAUGGCAUGAUAUUGUUGGCCUGGGUAGUGCUCCUGGGAAUAGAUUGGAUGAGAGUGUGCUCCAUGUAUAUGUGGAACUAUUUGAGGAAUGGGCUAAAUCUUCCGAAGAUAGCCUUCCCCGUACUCUGAUGCAACCAAUUGGGCAAGCGUUAGAUGGAUUCCGGGCUCCUUUCCAACUUAUAACUGGAUUCUCCAUGGAGUUAAUGUGGAAUUCCAUGCGCCCGUCUGUGCCUGCUUCGCUUGUUGCUUGGACUGUUUACAAUAAAUUAAAGGGAAUUGCCGAUCGAUUCGAUGCCCUAACGUCGAGAUUUAAGGGUUUUUUUCACCUCUCAAGCUUCUUAGUUGGGGUGCUAACUUUACUAAUAGGCUCCUUCGAAGUGGUUGCUUUCCUGAAGAGAACCCUCAUCACGGCACUCACGGAUGUUUUGGCUUUCUCUGAUGUGGAUAAUUCUCGGAAGCUGAUCGAGGGGCUUGAAGUAGAGAUUGUCCGGCUUGAGAAGUCACAGACAUUAACUAAACCGGAGCAGCUUGGGUUGACUUUCAGGACAUCAUUUGAUUAUCUCUUCCGGUUCCGAGCUCUCCGGGCAGCCGUAUAUCCGAACGAAGCGAAGGUAGGGAUUGGUUAUAUAAUUUAAAUUACUGGUUUGCUGAUUGUUUAUUUACAGCUUGACGAUGAUAUGCUCGUUAUUGCGCAUUUUGCUGGCAGACCCAUAUCUGGACUUCUUGGCUAUCAGGCUCCAAGCACCGGGCUUCGUGAGUUUCCUUCGGAGAUGCCUUUGCGGGAGAUUUUGCUGAACGUGGUUGUUAGGUACAUCUUACGAGCAAGUACUUGAGGAUAUAUACCAACUCGAGAAUCCUGCUGUUGACAGCUCACGUAGCCUCGUGGGGGCUCAAUUUGUACCUGAAAUACUAGAGUCUAGGUAUGUGUAUCGUUAACCUAAUACUUGAAUCAUACUAACUUGGAUAUUAGCCGUCAGGUGAGACAAUCGGCGAUCGGCCAGACGAGCCAGCUCAAUAUCAAUUUGAAAAUAUUUUCGAAGCAAUUGUUUUUGAAUAUUCGGGAUAUCACUAGUGAUAGGACACUCCAAUUGACACAACUCCUAGUUGCCAAAAUUCAUAAGGUGUUUUCACUCCAGAGAGGUAGCUCGCCGGUGAUUGGAAGCUAAUUGUAUUCACAGAUUAUCACACUGCAUGCAGAAUUUUAUGAUGGAGAGAUGUAUGCACAGGUUACGAAUUCAUUUGAUAUUAUUAUUCGGGCUCUAUUAGGAGAAACAGAGGGGCCGUUGGGAACAUCCGGUCUUCUGUUGUUGUUGCCGACAUCAAACGAUAAAUUCAAUACAGUGGUUGACACUCACUUUUCCCCUGCAAUCGGUGCUAUUUGUUCAGAUCUGUCCCAAUUCGGAACUGUUACUUUGGAGCACCUGGGCUCUGCUUGGAUGCACUAUGGUUUAGGGUGUCUAAAAUUAUAUGUCCCCAACUGUACCUUCGAUCCAGCUAUGGGGUUUAAGGUACGGCGAGAGAGAUAUCUGCGCCAAAAGGGCGACAUAGCCGCUAGGAUUGAAGCAGAAAAGAUUUUUGAAUCCAGGUUUACCGGUCAAACAAAUGAGUUUCAACUGCAGUAUUUACGGAACGAAAUUGAAGAACUUGGCGGAGAGCCUCCGGUCCCAUCGAUGGAACGGCCAGAGGAAUCGGUGAUAGCUCAGUUACAGGGAGAUUUCUCAGUCCUGCUCAAGGUUGUUGUCCAGAGUAACCCGCACGAGCUACUUCUCCCGUCGAUCUUGAAGCGUGGUCACGAAGGCAGUGCUGAAGGGGAAUUGUUCCAAAAGAAUUUGUCACAGAUCGCCGAGAGACUGAGGAGGAAUUACGCUGCCUAUAAAGACCUGGUGGAUCCGGUGCUUGGGUUUUUAUACUCUUUGAAGCUUGGGCUGGGUCUUGCUGCUAUUGAGACUGAAAAAUCGGGGUAUAUUGAGUCACUCCUUAUUCCGGAAGUUGGGGGGGAUAUAACUCUUGAUCAUUUUGUUGGCAGUGGUAACCGGGAUGACGCUCAGCUGCUUUUACUAUGGAAGCUUGCGACUCGCAGAGCGGUUGAAGGAUUCGAUGGGCUGGGUAAAAAAUCUCACGAUAUUAUCAAUAGGAUUUUGCUUGAUUUCUUCGAUAAUUGGAAGGCUAAGACGGUAGAAGAGCAGGAGAAGGCUAUUGCAGAUGCAAGUCUCUACCGAUACGAGGGCGAAGAAGAGGACUACAAUGAACAGGAACUAAAGGCCACGUUUCCGGACUACGAGCAAGAAGUUGAAAAUGAGAAACCAGCUGCGGACCACCGCUGCCUAGCUAUCAAGCUUGCAAAAUGCCAUUCCGCUCUUUAUCUUCCGAGAGAUACUUCAGGAUGUGGCCUAGCUUCCCUCAUUCGUCGCGGUGUCAGUGCUUUUGUGAAAAGCGCGCACAAAAUUCAUGCGUCCCCCUCUUCUCAAACAAAGCUAGAGGCUUUCCUACCGGCGAUUGCACUUUCCCUCAGCGAAACGUCUAAACGGAUCAAUGGGCGCCAAGAAAGGCCCAGCUCCAAAACAUAUGAUUUUUAUACCGACGAGAAUCUGGAGCAAGCACAAAGACUGGUUGACACAAUUGAGAAAUGCCGGUCUCGUCUGCUGGUUUUUAUUGAUACUUGGCCUGAAAAUGUCACACUUCAGGAUGCCUUGGAGACAUGUCAGGAUAUACUCAGCUUCCCCAACGACUCCCCGGUGGCAAAGUUUCUUCCUAAAGUCGAGAGGCUGCACGGGUCAUUGAACGAAUGGCAAAGUGUUGCUAGCAGUCAGUAUUCUGUUGCAGAACUUUGCGAUUCCCUGACUCAAUUAAUCAUAAACUGGAGGCGUUUGGAAUUAACUACCUGGCCACGCCUUUUCGACAUUGAGGAUGAGAAGUGCAGGAUUGACGCAGACUCUUGGUGGUUCUAUGUGUUUGAGAGUGUAAUUGCUAACCCGGCUUGUCUUUCCGGGGCAGGGGAACAUCUGGACGUAUUCCAACUUAUUUCUACACUUUCUGUGUUCCUUACUUCUUCGCCUAUCGGUCAGUUCCCUGGCAGACUUCAUCUCCUGCAGACGUUCGAGCAGCAUAUUCUACACUUAUCCGAAGAAACCCCGGCUAUGUCGUCUAUACAGAAAGGAUUGAAGAAUCUCGUCACAUAUUACUCGCAAUACGUGCCCAUGGCUGAGGAUUUCCUGAUAAAGCAGAGGAAGACGUUUGAAAAGAAGGUUUCAGAGGUAGUCCUGCUCGCUAGUUGGAAAGACACGAAUAUCAUUGCUUUGAGAGAUAGUGCAAAGCGAUCGCAUUAUAAGCUUUUUAAGGUUGUCAAGAAGUACCGAGAAGUGCUCGCUCAGCCGAUACAGCCUUUGAUUGAGGGUGGCAUGCCUUCCGAAGAGGACAGUGAUGUCAUUAGCGUGCCAGAGGUUCUCCCUCAAUUUGACGCCAACAUUGAACUGGCCAAAGAGAUCUAUGAGAAGUGGGUACAAAGAUGGAACAGCAGACCUACCCGCCUCACUGAUCCUGCUGCGACCGUGCUAAUGAUGCAGCGAGUAUCUCAAUCUGGGAUUGUCGAUGUUGCAAGCUGGCUAAACAAUUUCUCGACAUCUGUCGUCUCGAUAAUUAAAGGACUCCAAGCUGAGACUCCCAGGACACUCACCGAAACCAACAAGUCGGAAGUUAAGCAUUUGAAGACGAGGAAACGAAAGGCAUUCACGGAUACAUUGAAAGAGCUUCGGCAAAUGGGGUUGAAGUCAAAUAUUAGCAGCUCCCAAUUACAUAAACAGUCUACCCUCGAGGCAGUCCUUACAGCCACGGAGACUUUGCACACCGGCAAUGACAGGAACGAGUCUUAUUACUUCCUUCGGGUUUUAGAGCUCUUGCCUAAGAUUCGGAGGUCUGCGACGGAGCCGACACCGGGUUUGACGGGCCCCGAGGUCGCGAGAAGUGUGGGGUAUAUCGAGAACAUGUUUUCCAUGAUCCUGGAGCAGCGGGAUGUGAUUUCGUCCUCCCUUAGAGAUCUCAUGGGUGUACAGAAGGUCACGGAGAGGUAUAAGGCGCUAUCGGACUUGGGGAUGGAGCAUCCGGAGCUUUAUGGAACCAGUAGCAUUAUACCCGGAGAGUAUGCCGAUAUUCGGAAGAAGCUUCUGUGGCUUCCGGAGAAUCUUGGGUUGGCUAUUGAGUUGCUGAAAAUCCACGCAAACUUUAGUGGGAUCAAGGUUGAGGAUGCUAAAAUUUUCUUUGAGGAGUCUCACGAAAUCGCUGUGAAUUUGAACACUAGCUUUAGGAGAGAGCUCGCUAUCUAUGACGGUGUCUGGGAGCACUCGGCUAUGGUAUUGAUGGACCGGGCCCAGGAAUCACUGCGUGGAAUGUACUUGAAGGCGGAGAAUCUCAGGCAGGAACAACCAGAGAUCUCUUAUAUCAUCCGCCUUAUCACGCCUUUUCUUUCUCUAGAACACCAGCCAAAUGCCCCUGCAAGUGCAGGUCCUUCUGUGUCGCUACAAACAAUCGACGCCUCCUUACAGGGUCUUUGCGAUCUAGUGUUUGUCAGCCUACAAAAAUUGAAAGACUCCCGGACCUCUUACCCGACAUCACCGCAGAAAAUUGGCUGGCUGGCCCAAUGUCACUCUGCAUUUACAUCUAGCAUGAGGACUCUACACAUGGGUGAUAUCACUUGCAAGGCGGCAGAGACCCUUUCCUUGGUUGCAAGACUCCAGCCAUUCGACACAGCCACAGCCACCUCACAGGCUGCACGUGCACUAUUUGCAGCUUAUUACCCGAUUGUGCAAGAGUAUACUAACAUCUGUCAAGAGGCACUUCGAGAGGCGCUGGGUCACAAUCAUGUCGUUUCUAAGACUGCUUAUAUCCUCUCCAAGUCUGCGGCUACGCUACUGACAAAAGGCUUCUGUAUGCCAGAGGAGAAGGAGGCAGGGGAGGAAACUAGCGGUGCAAACAGUCUUGAGAGCGGAACCGGGCUUGGAGAAGGGGAAGGUGUGGACGACAUCAGCAACGACAUCAAAGCUGACGAAGACCUUUCCGAACUUGCCCAAGAAAAAAACAGAGAAGAGCAAGAAAAGGAGAUUGAGAAUGAGAAAGACGCAGUAGACAUUGAAGGUGAGAUGGAAGGGGAGUUGGGCAAUAUGUCGAGCAAAGGAGAAGACGAUGAUGGGAAGGACUCCAGCGAUGAAAGGGAGGAUGAUAUAGACAAAGAAACUGGCGAUGUUGAUGAUCUUGACCCUACCGCUGUCGAUGAAAAACUGUGGGAUGGGGAGGGAGAAGAUAAUUCUAAAGAAAAAGAAGGGGGUAAGACGAAAGGUGAAGAGAAUAGAGGUGAAGAUAUCGAAGGGAAAAAAGAGAGUAGUGAAAGCCGGCAUGGUCCAGAGGGCAAGGAAGAGGAACCCGAGAUGGAAAACGCGAGUGAUGGUGAAGGCGAAGGGGCAGAUGAAGAGGACGAGGUUCGGCCAGAGAUAGCCGGAGAAAUGGACUCACAUGUUCCUGAGGUCGAUACGCUUGACUUACCGGAGGAUCUUGAACUUGAUGGUGAUGAGAAAGGAGAUGGAGAUGACGAUCUAAAUAUGGAUGGCCUCUCAGAUGUUGCUGAUGAGGAAGGACCUAUGCAAAAAGACGAAGAGAAAGAUUGGAAAAACGAGAGUUUCCCUGAAUUGGACUCCUCGACAAAAGACCCCGAAGCCGGCGAACCCGAAGACGCAAAGGACGAGAACGGAAACGAAGGAGGGCAGGCCGAAGAAAGCCCAGAGGUCAGUGAGGAGGAGAUGGACCAAGGCCAGGAGGCCCCCGAAUAUCAAGAACAAAACCCCCCACUCCAAACCUAUAAAGAGCAGAAGUCAAGAGAAGCUGAAGAAACUGCGCCUAGCGAGGCUCAAGCACAUGGGGCCAGUGCUGACCAGCAGGAUAGUAACCAGCAGAGCUCAGCUCAACAGCAAUUAGGCGGGGAGGUGAAAUCCGGCGAACCACCAGAAUUUAAUAACACCAACGCGGAUCAAGAGCAGGGUCAGAAAUUGAGUCAAGCUUUGGUACAAGAUGCAACUGUUCAGAACGACAGCCAAGCCCCCCAAGAUGGAAAUCUCAAGGAAGAGCAAGAGUCUUUCCGUAAAGUUGGUGACGUGCUGGAGAAAUGGCACCGCAAUCGCAGAGAGAUUUUAGACGCCCAUAAGGAUACAGAACACCCUCAAUUUGACAAUAUGGUAAGCCAGAGAACUGCAUUUUGGUCAUUUCCGGUUGUUAAUCAUGCAUGUUAGGAACUUGACGAUCCGGAAUUUGAGCAUUUGCCCGACGAGGAAACGGUCACUGACACGCAGGCUCUUGGGGCAGCUACUGAGGAGCAAGCCCGCUCGCUUGACGAUUCAAUGGCGAUCGACUCAGGUACUGCGCAGCGGCAGGAGACCUUUGAGCAUGACGAAUCAGAUCCGAGGGGGGAUAAUGUAGCGGAUGAUGAAAUGAAGGAUUUCGAGGAUAGAGAUGUCGACAAUCCAGACUCGGCAGAAGAAUGCUCUGUUGGUGCAAUCAUUGGGAAAUCGUUAGAACCAAAACCUGGGCAGCAAAUAUUUUCUCGUGAAGACGUUGAAUCUGAUUUGAACCCUGAGGAAAUGGAUAGGAACGGCAAAGAGCUAGAAGCGGGUGGUUUAUCACCAUGGCAGCUUGUGAAUGGUCGUUCGUGGGCAGAGUCGCGAGAGUUGUGGCGGAAACAUGAACAAUCAACGAAGGAUCUAUCAAUGGGUUUAUGCGAGCAACUCCGACUUAUUCUCGAACCUACUCUGGCCACUAAGAUGAGGGGAGAUUUCCGAACUGGCAAGCGGCUGAAUAUGAGGCGUAUCAUCCCAUACAUCGCAAGUCAGUACAGAAAAGACAAAAUCUGGAUGCGACGCACAAAGCCCAGCAAACGUCAAUACCAGGUAAUGAUAGCGCUCGACGACUCAAAGUCCAUGGCAGAGUCCAACUCUGUCAACCUAGCCUUCGAAACCGUGACGCUCGUCGCAAAAGCCCUCUCCCAACUUGAAGUUGGCCAGAUCUCCAUUGUCAGCUUUGGCGAAACAACCCGUCUAAUCCACCCGUUUGAGCAACCCUUCACCUCCGAAUCCGGCGCGAGGAUCUUCCAAAGUUUCACCUUUGACCAAACAAAGACGAACAUGAAAACUCUCGUUGAAAAGUCCCUCUCUAUCUUCGAGUCCGCGCGCACAAACUCCAACGCCGGCCUCUGGCAACUAGAAAUAAUUGUCUCCGACGGUGUAUGCGAGGACCACGACACCCUCCGCCGACUAGUGCGCAAAGCCCAAGAGGAGAAAAUUAUGAUUGUGUUUGUCAUCGUGGAUUCCGUGCGUGAGUCGAGCAUCCUCACACUCGAGGGGGUGAGGUUUGAGCGGGAUGAAAACGGCAGUAUGGAGUUGAAGAUGUACAAAUAUUUGGAUUCGUUCCCAUUCGGGUUUUACCUUGUGGUUAGUGAUAUUAAGAGGUUGCCUGGAGUGCUAGCGUUGGCCUUGAGGCAGUGGCUGGCGGAGAUUGUGGAUGCCACGGUUAUGUAGAUCUGAGCCCAUGUGUCCCUGAGAGGGUUUCCUUCUUUUACGUUUUUGUUGCUGUUUACCGGGUUGUGAUAGCGGUAGCGUUUAAUGGUGCGGGAUUUCAUUCUGUGGCGUGUUGUAAGUAAUGAGAUAGUGUCUUCAGAGAGGCGAAAUGGGAUAAAUCUAAAGUGUCACCAGACGGGGCUCUGGGGAAAA